AACCACGAGAACUGGGACUGCGGAACAGCGGAUGUACCGCACGCUCCCCCUGCCGCUGGCGGAGGACAGACAGCUGCUGAUGCGCCUUGUGCUUCCGCAUCUUCUGUGGAGCCUUCUGUUAACAAAGCCGGUCACUAAAGUCACAGCCGCCUAGGCUCAGCAGAAGGUAACUGGUGAAGACCUGAGCUAAACUUUCAAACUGAGGAAGCCUGCAUAGCACUUGACCCCUAGACCUCAAAGGGCUUGGCAGUCGAGAUAGGUGUGGCCUGAAGAUGAACCCCUCUGCCACCUAUGAGAUGUUGGUAAAUGGUGUUGGGCCAUGGGACUUCACUGGUGGUUUUGUUCCUUGUGAAUUGCUGCUUGUUGGAGAGGAUGCCUAUCCUGUGCUUUUGAGCUCUAAGAAGCAGGUUCUGAUUGCCACUUCACGGUAUGGGAAGGGCCGGAUGGUGGUUGUUUCCCAUGAAGGAAUCUUGAAGGACUCCAAGUUUUUCCAGUUCCUCACAAAUGCUGUGGAGUGGCUCAAGCCUUCCCCCGAGGCUGUGGUUGGGGUCCAUCCUCGUUUGGAUUCCCUCUCCCAGCUGCUACUCAGGGCUGGCACCAAAGUACAUGUUGGGACAGAGCCUAGUCCCUCCCUGGGGGUGUACUGUAUGGAGGCCUAUGACUGCACGCAGGCAAAAGGCCUGAUUGACUUUUUAAAGGAAGGUGGAGGGCUGCUGGUUGGUGGCCAAGCCUGGUACUGGGCUAGUCAACAUGGCAAGGAGAAGGUGCUGUUUGAAUUCCCUGGGAACCAGGUGACCAGUGUGGCUGGUGUGUACUUCACAGGAAAUGCUGUGGAGAAAGGCAUCUUCAAAGUUGCCAAGAAAAUUCCCAAGAUCCCAUUAGUUGUUCCGCACCAGGCCAACCUCAGUCGUGAUGCUGAGUUUCUCCUGAACGGUGUGUUGGAGUUGGAUUUGGUGACCGGGGGCAUACCCUCCACCUUACUGGUGCACGGUGAACUCUGCUUCCCGCUCUGCCUGGACAGCUCACACCGCUGCCUCUUAGCUGCGGGACACUAUGGCCGAGGCCGCAUUGUGGUGGCAAGCCAUGAGAGCCAGCUGUUCUCCCCAAAGCUGUCCAGAUUCCUGCUCAAUGCUGUCUGCUGGCUGGAUGCUGGGAGAAAGGGGCUGGUGGGUGUGGAUACCAGCCUGAAGAAGCUGUGUAGCCUCCUCUCUCAGGGAGGGGUGAAGUCACAGGUGUCACAGCUGACAGGCGAUAUGAGUGUGUACUGCUGCUCCUCUCAUGGCAUCAGAGAGGCAGAGAGGGUUCACACUUUUGUGGCAGAGGGAGGUGGCCUAUUCAUCGGGGGUCAGGCUUGGUACUGGGCUUCUCAGAACUGCGGCAAAGCUGCUGUGGCACAAUAUCCUGGCAACAAAAUCCUGAAUCGCUUUGGGCUGAGCAUCCUGGGGCAGAGCGCCAAGGCAGCUAAGUACCUGCCUGUGGGACCUGGGGAGCACUACCACUUCCGCAAGGCACUCGCUCUUUUCAGCAGGCAUGUAGACAAGCAUGAGGAGGUCCAGGCCCCCAUGAAGGACUGGCUGCAAAGGCUAGCACAAGACUGUGCUGCCUUUCUGCACAUCCCAGCCCAUGACUGCCCUGCAUAUUCUUCGCUCCACCGCAACCUGACCAAAGUUCUUCAGAGAAGUGGGAUCCCGCAAGUCAGUAGGCACUGCCCUGUCAAGAGCAACUCAAAAGAGGCAGUCCUUCUGUGCAUGGCAACUGAGCUGUCCUUAACCAUGACAGACAGUUCAGCCCUAGUGCAGAAAUGUGCUGCUGGGGUCUGCGCCCUUCCCAUCACUGUGGAAAUUGAUGGCACAAACCCGGGUAAGACAGCCUGGAGGAGUACAGGACUCUAUGCUCCCGAAGGGCACACAGCAGUUAUAUCGUUCCCUUGCCAGGUGGUGGGUGCUGGUUUAAAGGUUCAGAUCGGGUGUCACACGGAUGACCUCUCUCAUGCCACAGAGCUGAAACGGGCCCCAGUGGUAAUACGCACAUGUGAUAUUGCCAGCCAGAAACAGACUGUUUCCUGCCUCUGGGGUGGCCUCAUUUACAUCGUAGUACCAGCAAAGAGCAACCUGGGAAAAGUGCCCAUCACGGUGGAAGGGGCAGUGAGAGCUCCUUUCUUCAAACUUGGGGAGACCUGUGAAAGAGAGUGGAAAGACUGUAUCCGGCACUACCCUGCUCCCUGGGCAGAACUAGCUGUUGAGAAUCUCAUCCUGACAGUGCCAUCUGACAGCAUCCGUCACAUGGAGAACCCUCAGCCGCUGCUGACCCUGUGGAACGAGAUCAUGGUGGCAAUAAGCAAAUUGGCAGCCAUACCAACAAAAUUCCCGAGACCAGAAAGGAUUGUAACAGAUGUCCAGAUCUCAUGUGGCUGGAUGCAUGCUGGCUACCCCAUCAUGGGGCACCUAGACUCGCUGAAGGAGAUGUUAGAUGUGAAGCAUAUACAAACUACUGGUCUUUGGGGUCCUGUCCAUGAGCUGGGACACAAUCAACAGCAGCAAGGAUGGGAGUUUCCUCCUCAUACCACAGAGGCCACCUGCAACCUCUGGUCUGUCUAUGUUCAUGAGAAGGUGCUGGGGAUUCCCAGGCAUCAGGCCCACCAGGCUCUGAAGUCACAGUGUCGGGAGGAAAGGAUAAAAGGGUAUCUGAACACAGGUGCUCAACUGAAGGACUGGAAGGUGUGGACUGCUCUGGAGACAUACCUGCAGUUGCAGGAAGGGUUUGGUUGGGACCCCUUCAUCCAUCUCUUCUCUGACUACCAGAAAAUGUCCACUAUCCCAAAAGACAACCCUUCUAAGAUGAACUUAUGGGCACAGAAGUUUUCUCAGCAGGUGAAUAAGAACUUGGCUCCAUUUUUCACAGCCUGGGGAUGGCCUAUCAAGAAAGAGCUGUCUGUGGAACUGUCCUAUCUACCCAGUUGGGAACAAGACCCAAUGAGAUCCUAUAGACCAUGAAAGGAAAAGAUGUAAAUCUUGAUUCUCAUACAAGCUGUGUCCUAUCUUUUUUAUCCUUGUGUGUUGAUAGCUCAUGACAGCAUCCAUGAUAGCUCACUGGGUGCUUAGCUUUAGCUUCUUGCUGUCAACCGCAACAGAAAUUCAGCUGAAUCUUGUGUGUGGAUCAGCAAUGAUCUAAGCCAUUUUCUGAACUUUGUUCUGGGUUUUUCACCUCAGGAGGACUGUAAUUCUGAGUAGAUUUAGUUCCUGCAGAACAUGUCUCUUACAAAAUGAAGUUUUCUGAGGAAAGCAGUCACUGGAGCAGUCUCAAGGGGAAUACCAAUAGAACAUUGGAUCUUUAAAGUAAAUAGUAGACUCCACAAUGUUGUAUUCUUCAAUUAUAAUCACAGUGACAUGAGAUUUUCACUGUUGUUUUGGUUACCCUAAAAUCUCUAAUUUUUAAUUGCUCUAAGUAUGCAGAACUUCCACCCCUACUAUGGUGAAAGUGACCUUAUAAUGCUUAUAUACAGCUUACACAAUACACUGAAAUGCUGUAGAUUUCUUCCUACAUUGUAUGACUGUGGCCCAACAUCCAGCUUCGUAUGCAUAAGUCAAUCAUAAGUUGCCAUAGCCUGACAGCAAGAGAUGCCGUGCAAGACAGAAGAGUGGAACCAAAGAGGGAAUUUGAUUAUAGUUAGAGAGGAGGACGACAACAGUUCAUCAGAACAGAGGCCCAGCCUUUUCCAAGGAACAACAGAACUUAAAGGUUUUGUUACUCUUUCACAAUUGCUUGGUUGUUACAGGGACUGGCAAACAUAUUAAUGCUUAGCCUAAUAGCAUACUAGUCCCAACCCAUUCCUUGUAUAUCAGCAGUAAAUAAAACAGUCAUGGACUCUCAG